AUGGUUAUAGUGAUGGCCGUACGCAACAGCUUUGACGAUACGGACUUCAUCGAGCCAGAAGAUGACUUUGCCGAGGAUGAUCUGUUCACUGCGGACGAUAAUAACAUUCCAAGUUUGGUUCUGGGUGAUGCAAUGCAGAAAUCGUUUUUGGAACGUGACAAUUUCGAGAAAGAGCUGGAUUUGGCCGCAGAUGAUCCGUUCGCUGAGGAUUUUACGGAUAUCAGUCAGCACGAUAUUGUGAAUGUUAUCGCGGACGGAGAUCGCGUUGGAAGGCCAAUAAUCGUCAUUUAUGCGUAUCGAUUUCCGUCGAAUAAAACGUUUGAUCAUCAGAAAUUUUUGAGAUUUUUACAAUUCACAUUGAAUAAAGUUGUAGAACUGGAUUAUACAAUUGUUUAUUUUCAUUAUGGUUUGAGAAGUAACAAUAAGCCACCGUUGAAGUGGUUAUUACAAGCAUAUAAUAUCCUCGACCGAAAGUAUAAAAAGAAUCUGAAGGCACUAUUCCUGGUGCAUCCGACACGUUUCAUACGUUUCGUUUGGGGUAUAUUCAAGCCGUUCAUAUCGAUAAAAUUCGAACGAAAAGUGCAUUAUGUGAAUUAUUUGAAUGAACUCAAUGCAUAUUUACGUGUGGAACAGUUGAAUUUACCACAACCAAUCAAAGAGUUCGUUUGUUGUGUUGAAAUGUUAUCGUUUCGGGUGGGGAAUUUAUUGGAUCGGCAUGAAACUCGUUGGUUCGGAGGGAGUUUUUAUCAUGACAUAUCACUACAAUUGUCAUCAUCUUCGAGCAAGAAUGCAACAACACUAUCGAACGAUUUGAUGUGUUAUAAUAAAAUCAAUCCAACACUGCUGGCCACAGCACCAAGACCAACGCAGCAGUUCAACGUGCCUCUCAGUUUUAUCCUAUCGCACAAUCCUGACUGCGACAUUCCACCGAUUGUCACCGAUUUAAUAGCGUUUCUCAGUGAGAAUUCACUUCACGUUGAGGGUCUAUUCCGUCGAUCGGCUGAGGUUUCUUCGAUAAAACGGCUUCAAGAGAGGGUCGAUCGAGGAGAGCAAAUAGAUUUUUUGAAUGAGGAGCCGUAUAAGGACAACGUGGUUGCUGCAUCAAUAGACGCAUCCGUAUUGUUGAAGACGUUUUUGCGUUCGUUAGGUGAACCAGUGAUCACGAAUGCUUUAUAUCCGAAACUAACGACAUUAGCUGAGGUUCCGAAAGGCAACAAACUGAGUGCAGUGUGUGAAUUUGUGCGAUUUUUACCAGCCGAAAAUUUGAUACUUCUCAAAACAAUUUGUGGUUUCUUGAGAAAGGUAGCCGCACAUAGUAAUGUAAAUAUGAUGACUGCGAAUAAUUUGAGUGUAGUGUUCGGACCGAACUUAACAUGGCCCACUGAUCAACAGGUACCAAUUUCACAGUUGAACAAUCUGAAUAAUUUUUGCUAUCGAUUAAUUGUCGAUUAUGAGACGGUUUUUGCGGAUCUCUGA